CAAGUUAUGACGUAAACAGAUACACCGCAACUGGUUUAAAAUCAUGAGCAAGCUCCGAUUAGGGUCAGAGUAUAUCCCGUUGACGGAGGACGACGCAAUGUCGAAGGCCCGCCUCGUCGUGCCGUUCUCACGAGUGGCGUGGCUCACCGUGCUCCUGCCGUUCGCGGCGUUCGUCUUCUGCGUCGCCUGGUCGGUCCUCUACAACUUCGAGCACUCCACCUCCACUCAUUGCCAGGUGUACAAUUUUUUACCGUCCGUCUCGGCGACCAUAGGUCACUAUCGGCCCCAGAGGGACGUCUGGAAGACUGCUAUAGCGUUGCAGGCGAUAGUGAGGACCUUGGUGUUCAUGCUGUACUAUCGUUAUUACAAGGAGCAUGUUUACAAGUGGGCGCAAUAUAUUAGUAAUAUCGCGCUCGUCAUGUACGCCAUUGAAAAUACUUCUCUGGUGACACUGAGCUUCUGGACUUCCGAUGAGAAUUAUGCAUUCCAUAAGAUGUCUUUCAUAACUUUUUUGAUAACGUCGUUUGUACACAUGUUCUUAGCGUAUUAUGUCAUGAAGAGUUGCCUGAACGUUGCUAAGGGCUUGAACGAUGCUUCCUUGAAGUGGAAACGUAGAUCAAUGAUGUUGAAUGUGUUAUCUAUAUUAGUAGCCUGUUACUUCUUUUAUAGACAUAAUAAGUAUUGCGAGCCUUUAGUGUAUUCAAUGUUCGCCCUGAGCGAAUACGGAGUUGUGCUCUCAAACAUGGGAUACCACUUGACUGCCGCAUUGGACUUUGCCACCACGCGUCUUAUGAUAACAGGAAACAGACUAAGAAUUAUCUAAAGUUUUUUAAAUCAGCCUUAUGUGCGUAUAUGUGAUAAUUGUUAUAACCGUUGAUAUAUUGUUAUACCCCGUUUCAACUCUUUAUUGUACAUUACUGUACAUAUUUGUAUUUGAAACUUUUUCAAGUAUCGUAUCUCCGUAUUAGAAAAUAAUUUAUUAGGUAAUUUAGUUACAGUAUAAAUUAUAACUUUUAACACGAAACGCGUAACAGACAUUUAACGCCAAUCGGGUGUAUUCAUCAGUAUUUGUAGCAACACGCAUACAUUUUUUAGGCACUUUAAUGCUAAAAA